GCAUACGUCACUUUGUGUUGUCCUAAAUACUGUCGCUUACCGGGACUACAGCUUACUACACUACAGGUAGUGAAACACAAGUUGGCUUUUCCGAGCCCGGUUCCAAACAUCAUGAAGAUAUGAUUCAGGAUUAUUUUGCCACUGGGGCUACAGUGUUUGCAGCUGCCAUUUUCGUAGGAUGGAUCGUGUCAUGGAUUAUUCAUAUUAUUUCGAUUCUUUUUGGCUUACAUCACUUGUACAAGAAAUUGGAUCCUGUGAUCCCGGAGGAGGAGCUCCCUGGUGUAUCCAUACUGAAACCCCUCACAGGUGUAGACAUAAAUUUAAAGAGCAAUUUGGAAACAUUUUUUACACAGAAAUAUCCCAAGUAUGAGCUGUUGUUUAGUGUACAAGAUGAUAAUGACCCAGCCAUUCUUGUGGUCAAGAGUUUGAUUGACAGCUACCCUAAAGUAGAUGCUAAACUGUUCAUAGGUUUGAAAGUUGUUGGUCCCAAUGGUAAGAUCAACAAUAUGGUCCGAUCAUACGAGGCUGCCAAAUAUGAUAACAUAGUCAUCUCAGAUACCAGCAUUAAAAUGACACCCAGCACACUGUAUGAAAUGGUCCAUUGUUUAAAGCCACACGUUGGUCUAGUGUUGCAGAUGCCUUACUGUGCUACAAGAAAAGGUUUUGGGGCCAUUUAUCAACAGGUUUAUUUUGGAACAAUGCAAGCCAGAAACUGCUUGAGUGCCAAUGCUGUCAAUAUCAACUGCUCAACUGGAAUGUCAAGUCUUCUGCGUCGAGACGUUUUGGAUAAAGCUGGCGGCCUGGCAGAGUUUGGCAAAUAUUUGGCCGAAGACUUUUUUAUCGCAGAAGCCAUACGUUCACAAGGCUACAAGGUAGUUUUAUCAACAACUCCAGCAUUACAGAACUCUGGGAAUAGCUCAAUAACAGACUUUCAUUCUAGACUUAUUAGAUGGUCCCAGCUGAGAAUCUCAAUGGUGCCUACAUUGAUUGUAUUAGAGCCAGUGGGUGAGAGUGUGCUGCUUGGAGUGUUUGUCUCUUGGGCAGCCAUGACACUGUUUGAUGUUUCUCCACUCGGAUUCUUCAUGGGCCAUUUCCUUGUUUGGUUUUUAAGUGAUUACAUUUUAUUCAGAAUAGUUGAGAAUGGUCCACUUCCUUUUUCCAAAUUUGAGUUCCUGGUGGCGUGGUUGAUGCGUGAACUGUUGUCGCCGUACAUCAUACUGUCGGCUCACCUGCAGAAUCAUGUGGUCUGGCGGAACCAGAAGUACAAGCUGCACUGGGGCGGAAAGGUGGUGGUCCCAGUCACCAGCAGUUUAGAUGCUGUGGCGGUCUCCUGAAGGUUGUGUAUGGGCCUGAUCAUGUGUGUCUGUGUCUGCAUGCUGGUUCUAUCUGUUUGAUGUGUUUGCAUUUAGGCCCGGGUGUGUGUUGUUGCAGCAAGUGGGUCUAUGUCCAGGUGGCAUGUUUCUCAUAUGAAUGUGGUAAUAUAGAUGAAUGUGUGAAAUAUUUUUUCGGUGUACAUAAUAUACAUAAAUUCAUUCUAAUUUAAUUUGAGAGUCUGGAGGAGAUGGCAGCAGAAAAUGUGAAGAUUGUUAUUCUCUUCUAGUUGUGUAUGAAUGCCUACCUAAUCAUGUGUGUGAGAUUGAUUGAAAACAAUAUACUGACCUGUGCUGAGUGAUAGCUAAUUGUGUUCAUAUUAAAGCUUAUACUUCAAAGAGUCUACGUGCAUUAAUGAGUGUAUCAAUAUUUAUAGAUGUAAAUGUAUUUAUAAUUGUGGCCUCUUUGUCAUUGCAUGCGACGGCAACGUUUAGAAACAAAUGUUGUUGACUUAUAAAAAACUGUUUUAACUUCUAAGUCACUCGAAUACUCUCAGUGUAAGUGGACAUGCUGAGUCUGGUGGUCAUGUGACCCAGCUUUUUUAAAAAGUUUGUUUCAAAACAUUGCGACUGCGGUGAUGUUCUUUGCUCUGUUUGACGGUUGACUUGUUAAGUCCUAUUUAUCUGUUCAAUGACAGGUUUUUGUGUUAAAUGUUUAUUGUUGUUCUGUUUGAAUGUUGGUGGCUGAGUGGUGAAGGCUUUCAAAUCAACGGAUCUCGAGUUAAAGUCCCAAGGAAAAACUGGGAUUUGUUUCAGGAUUUUUUGGACACCUCUUAGGCCAACCUAACUCUAAAAUGGGCACCUGGCGUACACUGGGGAAGUAAAGGUGGUUGGUUGUUGUGCUGGCCACAUGCAACCCUCAUUAACCAUGAGCCAUAGAAACAGAUGAGCUUUACAUCAUCUGCCCCUAGAGAUCCCAAGGUUUAAAAAAAAAAAAAGGGGGGGGGGGACUUAUUUUUAUGUUACUUUUGUCCAAUUGACUUGGUAUUGAUGUCCUGUAUAAAUGUUUGAUGUAUUUGUAUUUUAAAAAUGUUGGUGAUCUAUGAUGGGAAAAGGAGGUGGGGAGGGGGGAUCAUGUCCCAAACAUUCACGAAAAUUUUUGAAUGUAAAUUUUCAUUUUGUAUAUUUUUGUUGUCAUCCACAAGACACAUACUUAGUGUUUCCAUGCAGGGCAUGGAGACCUUAUCUUAAUCAACAGCCAUUUCCAUAUUCAGGCUUUUAAACAUGAAUCAUUUCAAGUAUUUUAUGAAAUACAACUUCAUUGUUGCUCUCUUAUCAAUUCACCACUUAGAGUAAACUUUUGGUUUUAGUGAGUUUUUAGGUAAGGAGUAAGGGAAAUAAUUCAGAAAAUAUUUGUGUUGAAUAAUGACUGAACCAUAGACUUAUAUAUACUAUAUCUAGACUGGCCAUGGAGACUUUUCAAAACUACAAAAAAUGUUGUGAAAAAGUUUUAGAAAGUUGGAUCAAGGCGUUGUUUUUUAAAGUAGUUGAAAGAAGUAAAGUGUAUUUUUUUUCUUCAAUCCUAACCUAUGUAACAUAUAAUUUAAGUUUUAGAUCUAGAUCUAGUAAUUGAAGAUCAAAAAUAAGUACAUAAUUAUUAUUUUGCAAUUUUUAGAUACAUAAUCUAGAAAGAUCUAGGUAAUUAAUAUAUUUAAAUGUACAUAAGAUGAUUUAAAUCAACAUGAAUUAUUUCGAUCUAGGAUUUUUAAAACAUUAUCUCAAUGGAAACAAACAGGUAAUGGCUUUGUUUCAUAUAUUUGCGUGAAUAUCCGAGAAAUGAUUUUGCAUUAUUUCUAAACUUUGAAAACUAAAGAUCAUUACUUUUCUAAGAUUUAUUGGGGCGACUCCCUUUAGAGCUUAAAAAAGAGUUAACGUACAUAAAAAUCUAUAUAUACAAUAUAGGUCUGCGAAUUGAUCAGUCGUGGAUAAGGAUUUAUUUCCGGUUUCCAGUCUAGAUAUAAUAUAUAAGUCUAUGGACUGAACCUUUUAUUUAUUUUUUUCCUUGUGCAAAUCUAAGAGCUAGAAAAAAAAUGUUUAAAAGUGUUGUUGUUUUUUUAUUACUUGACAUGAAAAAUAAUUCCAUAGUUGGCUUUUGUUUUUGGUUGAAUUAUUUUACAUAACUCAGCUCAAGUUUGAAACAUUCCAAGCUGAUUUUUGUAUUUACGCUAAGAGCUUGUCUGUUUGGUUGUCUGUGGAUGGCAAGUUUUAUUUGUUUGUUCCUUCUAUGUUUGUGUAUAUUUUGAUGUGUUUUAUGUACUGUGUCUGCAAGAACACCCAAGAAACAGUUAUGCAAAAUCAUCAAGGAAGGGACGGCCUAAAGUCCUUUACUUGGCAUUCAGUACUUAGUCUGGGUAUGACUUGCUGGCGGUCACUGUGUCAUUACAGCUAUGACCCCCCACCCCCUGCCUUCGCUGACCAGGGACAUUAGUUUUGGUGACCCAUCCUCCAGCAAUGAUCUUUCUAGUACUUGGCAUGUGUGGUCUGAUCUAAGAUGUCUCCCCCCCAUACUCGUGCAUGACGACCACACGGCCGAUGCCGGCAAAACUUAAUAACAUUAUUGACAGCAGUUGCAAUUCUGAAACCACAUUGUCUCAGGGCUCUACCUUGUUUGCCUGAAACAAUCAAACUUUUGACAUUUUUUUUUAUUUUCUUAGUGUCGAACUUUAAAACCUAUUGGGAUGACAAUAAUGGCAACGACAGGAUAACUAGGAUAGGUUAGUAAAAUGGACUCUCUUUCAUAUUUUUAAAGAACCAAAAAUGUUCUAUGGAUUUAUUUAUUUUUUUUUUCAUGGAUUUGUUUCCCCACACAGAAAGGUAUUAGGCUCAGAUUUUUUGACUCAACUGCUAAAGGGAAAUCACUUUGAUUAUAAGAAGGUUAUCUCUCUGUUGAUGUUUUUGUUACCAAGUUUUAUAAUUGCAAAUGAAAUACUUGUUUUGUUUCGUGGCCAGUGUAUUGUGUAUUACAGAAAUGUUUUUUUAAAGCACAAGUAUUUAAAUAAACAAUUUUUUUUUUCCAUUU